AUGAUAAAUGGCACAGAUGGGAGUGUUAUACGGCCAGGAUUACAAAUGUCUUCUCGAAUAUCCUUUUUUGUGCCAGAUUUCUGCAGAUCCUUUCAUUCAGAUGCUGUGGGUUGGGCGACUGCAACUCAUGACAGUAGUGUACAUCUACUUAGAUUUGCGUCCCAUCCCGAACAAUCUCAGAAUGCCACUGUUAAUCCGCUGAAUGCUGCAUUCUGUCCGAAGAAGAAGGCCGGCCCAGACUGUCCUCCAACAGGAAUGAUACCUUUAUCACCUUGCUCAAACCCUAAGAUUUCGGUCCCUAUAUUUGCUUGCCAGCCACAUUUCUUGGGAGCUGAUCCAAGUAUUCGGGCAGCUAUGGAUGGGAUAAGAAAACCUGAUGAAAAGCUUGAUUCUACUGUAUUACUUAUUGAGCCUAAUACUGGAUUUGUAUUGGAAGCUUUUAAAAAGAUUCAGAUUAAUGCAUACAUUGAAAACGAUGGCGGUUUGAAUGAAGUAUACCAAGAUAUGGCAGGACCAUAUUUCUUCCCCUUAGCUUGGUUCACUGAGUUUGCAGUGGCUGACAAAAAGGCGUUAAGUAAAAUAUCAAACUAUAUUCUUAAGCCUAAGAAAAUAAUACCUAUUGUUUUAUCAACUGUCGGUUCACUUGCACUUAUAUCAGCCGUCAUUUUGAUAGCAGUUCUAUUAAAGCGUUAUAAAUUAACAAAAACUGAUAGUGCUUCUAUUCACGGUCAAGCUGAAUCUACAUUCAUGCCAACAGAUUCUGGGUUAUGUAAUAAAACAGAUGAAAGCCCAUUUGAUCAAUGGACUGUUAAACCUUCACCAGAACACGAAUCUUUUCAGGUUAUCGAAUCAAAACCUUUGCUCAAACCUAGUGAUACAGGUGGAAAAACAGUUGUCUGA